AUGUGUGACCAGCAGCAGAUUCAGUCUUCCCUGCCACUUCCCCAGUGCUGUGUGAAGGAUUCCUCCUUCUUCCCCUCCCCCUACCCCUGUGCCACAGGCGAGGUAGUGGUUCAAGCUCCUUGUGAGAUGCAAAUUGUGGAAUGCCCCGUACCAUGCCCAGUUCAAGUUUCCCAGGUGAAGUGCCAGGCUCCGUGCCAAUCCAAGACCACCCAGGUGAAGUGCCAAGCUCCAUGCCAGGCUCAGGAAACCCAGGUGAAAAGUCAGGCUCCAUGCCAGUCUGAGGUUUCCUACGUGCAAUGUGAAACCCCAUGCCCAGUUCAAACUUGCUAUGUAGAACACGUUCCAGUUUGCUGUACAGAAACUUGUUACGUGGAAUACCCAGUCGAGACCUAUGUACCCUGUCCAGCUCCACAGCCUGUCCAGACUUACGUAGCAUAUUCCCCAGUGUGCCAGAAUCAGGAAGGCUUCUGUAUCCAGGGCCAAUAUCAGGGCUCCUACGGUAGUUGUGUCCCUCAGCGCCGGUCCCGAACCUCAUUUCGCAUUUGUGCCCCCCAAUGCCAGACCCAGGGCUCUUACGGGAGCUUCACUGCGCAGCGUCGGUCUCAGAGCGCCAGUAGAUGCCUCCCUCCUCCUCCGCUGCGGCCUUCUUACCGCAGCUGUUCCCCGCCACCGCGCUGUGGGCCCUUCUAUAGCAGCUGCCUGCCAUCAAGAUGCUCCUGGGAUUCCUAUAACUACUGCACCCCGCCCCGCCGCUCCGAGCCCAUCUAUAACAGCGGCUGUGCUCGGGAUCGCGCUUCAGGCUGCUCUCAGAGAUGCAGACCCAAGUGCCGAAUAGAGAUUUCCUCCCCCUGCUGCCCGAAGCAGGUCCCCCCACAGAAGUGUCGUGUUCAGAUUCCUCCCAUUAGCCGCUGCCCCCAGACCUGCACUCCACGGUUCUCCUCUGGUGCCUCCUGCCCGGACCUGAGGCCGCGUGAACUCCCAAGGUCAAGCUUCCGUCCACUACGCCGUCUUGACCAAUGUCCAGAGCCAUUGCUGCCGCUAUGUCCACUUCCUGCGCCUCGGCCAUAUCCACGUCCAUGUCCACUUCCUGCACCACGUCCAUAUCCACUUCCAUGCCCACUCCCAGAGCCAUGUUUGAGACCAGAACCCCGCCCAUGCCCUCCACGACGCCGGCUUUCAGAACCCUGUUUACGUCCAGCACCACGUCCGACUCCACGUCCUCGUCCAGUGCAGUGUGAGCGCCCAGAGCCACGUCCAUAUCCUCGGCCGUGUCCACUUCCAGAGCCAAUACCCCUUCCAGCACCCUGCCCAAGUCCAGAGCCUUGUGUGGAGCCUUGGAGCUAUCCCAAUCCAUGCUCAGGCCCUAAUCCAAUUCCAUGCCAAGGAGACCUAGGCUGUCAUGAAUCUAGUCCCUGCCACCUAGACACUGAGGUGCCCAGCUGUGGUCCGGCUAGUUACAACCCGGGAGAGAGUGAUGCUGGCUGCAGACCUAGUGGUCUGGGUGGAUGA